AUGGACGCUGACUUUCCUGGCAACGAUGGAGAACUUACUGCUGAGGCCAAGAAGAAUCAGAAGAAGAGGAAUAAGAUGACAAAGCAGAAUGGCGAUGCCCCAACCACGAAAGAUACCGUUGACGACGACAACAAGCCAACCAUCAACCCCAUAGUCAAGGUCAAGCUCGAACAAACUUCCGACGGAGAGCUCAGCACCACCAUCAGCACCUCUCCUCAAUUCGACGGCGAGAUCAAGGACGAGAACCCUGAUGAGAAGACCAAAGUGUAG